AUGUGUAGCCAGAGAGAUGAUUCAGAGCUUUAUGAAUGCCACAAUAAACACAAUGGAUCUGCUACAGGAGAGGAAGGCGUCAGCAAGGUAAAAUUGUCUGCUACAGCUGACCCUUGUGCGCAACGUCAGCAACGGAAAAUGAAGACCAUACCCGCUGAACCCAAAGAACUAGAGAAUCAAAAGACCUGCCUUGAUAUUAUCCGUGAUAGCUUUGCUGCAAGGCCCAUUAGCGUGCGAAUCCUCAUCGUCCUGACUUUGGACCAAUCGAACCCCAACUUUGAGACAGUCGAAGAAGGUCUUCAAUUGCGAGCAGAUGAGUCUCCGAAGGAGGCAAUAACCGGCAUAGGAAUGUUUGUGGCCCACUUCGCAGUUCUUCUGCUCGAAGGGGCUUACCGUCCAGUAAUGGACUGUGUCCGUUGGCUGGACCAGCUGGAGGCAACACGACAGAUUUUGGAUGGCACAGUGAUAUUUUUCUCGGAUUAUCGAACGUAUAAAUUGAUGCCCAGUUACUGGAGCUUCAGGCCAAAAGACUUCCUGGACAUGCGAUUCGACGAAGGUGAUAUUGAACUGACUGAGGAAGCGGUUGCGCAACAGGCCACCAGUCUUUAUGAAAAAAUGGUGCUUUUGAUACACGAACUGCGAUCCACAAAUCUGGAGGCAAGACUGGAUCCUACUGGGCUCCUUGCCAAGGAGUUUGUGAAGUUUGCGCCUGACCCCCGAGUUGUUCAUGCCCUGUUGAGCGCAUCUAUCACCAAGAAUUUGCUGUUUUCGCUGGGAGGUAAGGAAGAGUUGGCUUGUUGUGUGGAGGCCGUUCUCUUGGUGUUAUUCUCUUCUGAACUUCCGAAGGUUCUUCUUUAUAGUUAUACAUCGGACUAA